UUCAUUCUCUCCGGUACAUUUUCCGCGACGAUGGAAGUCCGGCGCAGACGAACGAGACCACAGAACGCUAAACAGAGCACACAUGUAGAAAAUAAUGUCAACGCGAUGAUAAAUCAAUCAAGAAAUCAAAAGGAUGAUGAGGCACUAGACAAUCCAAUAGAAAGUAACAUAGCAAAUACAUCAGAUUUUAUCGAGCCAAAGCAACUUGUAUCGAAUGAUGCAGUUUGUGCACGGAUCAAGAUAAAUUUGGAGAUCGAUCUGAUAGCGACAAUUUUACUAGUUACAGGCAUCCUCACUCGCCUUUAUCGUCUCGAGGAACCACGUAAUAUAGUAUUUGAUGAACUGCAUUAUGGCAAAUACGUCGGAUUAUAUAUGAAGAGAACGUUCUUUUUCGACUCUCAUCCGCCUCUGGGAAAGCAAUUGGUUUCCGCAGCGGCUUACUUGGCUGGAUUCGAUGGACAAUUCAAGUUCGACAGAAUCGGAAGUCCUUACGGCGAUACGGUUCCUCUGUACGCUUUACGCCUAGUACCAGCAAUAUGCGGUAGUCUACUGAUCCCAACGGGAUAUCAUCUCAUUUUAGAGCUGGGCUUGAAGCAAUGGACCGCGACAAUUGGCGGAAUUCUAUUAUUACUCGACAAUGCGUUGUUGACACAGUCCAGAUUUAUCCUGAUGGAAAGUAUUUUGAUGCAAUUCUCUUUGCUUGGUUUGUUAUGCAUUGUAAAAUUUCGGAAAAUUAUGGACCGACCGACAUCCACGUCCUGGUGGAUUUGGCUGAUAUUAGGCGUCGCGAACUUAACAUGCGCGAUGUGUGUAAAAUAUGUUGGAUUUUACUCAAUGGUUCUCGCGCUUUUCUUAAUUGUUCGCGAUUACUGGUCCCUGCUUCCAAAGAGGACUUUGUCGAGUACAAUGUUGUGGAUUCAUCUUCUAAUAAGACUUGUCGUGUUGAUCGCCGUUAUUGCCACCGUGUAUCUAAGCAUAUUUUAUGUACAUUUGGCGAUACUCUCAAAAGCAGGGCCACAUGAUUCGGUCAUGACGAGCGCGUUUCAAGCGAGUUUGGAAGGAGGACUCGCCAGUAUCACGAAGGGGCAACCUUUGGAAGUGACACAUGGUUCACAGAUCACGCUCCGACAUACGUACGGCAGAGCUUGCUGGCUACACAGUCACAACCAUGUAUAUCCGUUGCGAUAUCCCGAUGGUCGUGGCAGUUCUCAUCAGCAGCAGGUUACUUGUUAUUCAUUUAAGGAUGUUAACAACUGGUGGAUUGUCAAAAGACCAGAUAGGAACGAUCUAGUGGUGACGAAACCCAGCAAACCUAUCCGGCACGGCGACGUGAUUCAACUAGUACACGGAAUCACAAGCAGAGCGUUAAACUCACACGACGUCGCGGCGCCGAUGACGCCACAAAGUCAAGAGGUGUCGUGCUAUAUCGAUUAUAAUGUGUCGAUGCCAUCGCAAAAUCUCUGGCGGGUGGAGAUCACAAACAGAGAUCACUCCGGCGAUGCGUGGCACGCAAUACAGAGCCAAGUGCGGUUGAUACACGUGCACACAAACGGAGCGGAGUUUGCGUUAAAGUUCAGCGGCAGACAAUUGCCUGACUGGGGCUUUAAUCAGCACGAGGUGGUGGCGGACCGGCUGAUGGACCAGACCAAUUCCAUCUGGAACGUCGAGGAGCAUCGUUAUACCAAAAGCGAAGACCAGAAGCAACGGGAACGGGACCUAAUUAGUGCGGAGAUGAUACCAUUGCAGGCUACCGCAUUAAGCUUUUGGGAGAAAUUUGCAGAACUGCAGAUCAAAAUGUUAUUUGGCGGUCAGGAGGGUCAAAAUAGUCAUAUGUAUUCCAGCGGACCGCUUGAAUGGCCAUUGAUGUCCCGGGGAAUCGCGUACUGGGUGUCCAAUGACAGUAAUGCACAAGUACAUCUUUUGGGAAACAUCGUGAUUUGGUAUUCUGGCACAAUUUCGGUAAUCGUGUAUUCAGGAUUAUUAAUAUUUUAUUUGAUGAGAAGAAGAAGAAAAUGCUUUGAUAUUGCCGAGGAAGAAUGGGAAAAAUUUAUUAACAAUGCUUAUAUAUUGUUAACUGGAUAUCUUCUUCAUUUCUUGCCUUUUUUAUUUGUUGAACGAACUUUGUUUUUGCAUCAUUACUUACCAGCCUUUAUUUUCAAAGUCUUAUUAACAGCAGCCACAAUUGAUCAUAUGUAUUAUUUAAUUGGCUCUCAUCGUCCAUGGAACAUUUCAUUAUAUAUUCUAACAUGUGGUACUAUCGCUUGGAUACUAUUUGUCAUUUAUGUGUUUAAAAAAUUCAUUGUAUUUAGUCAUGGAACAUCAGCUCUCAGUGCCAAGGAUGUGAUAAAAUUGAGAUGGAAAGAUACCUGGGAUUUUAUUGUACAUAAAACGUAAGAGUUUAUCAAGUUAGGUUUAAAGGCACAUAACUUUUACUUUCUCGCAUGAAAUAUAAUAUUUGUAAUUAAAAAUAUUAGGUUCGGAAUGCGUGAAACGAAACGAACAUUAUACAUACAAAUUAACAUGUUUUUAUACAAAGAUAUUUAACAGAUAUUAUUGUUUUUACUGCACAUAUAUAUAUAUAUAUAUAUAUAUAUAUAUAAUAAAAUAUUUUUAAUAGAGCUAUAAGUGCCACAAAUAGACUAAAUGACAUAAUGGUAAAUACUUGGAUACAGUAUAUAGUUAAAGGUGAAUUUUAUAGACUGAGAGAGAUUACGUAUUUUGUAAGAUCUUAUUUUUAUUGGCUUUUGCCAUAUUGCAAAAAAAUCACAAAUAUAUUUAAAAAAACAAGUAUAAAAAAUAAAGUAUGUAUAUUUUAUAAUUGAUAAUUUAAUGCAAACUUUUUUGAUAUUUGUUUACCAAGUAAUAGAUUUUGUUAAAUCAUAUA